AUGAGUGCCAAUACUAGCAGCAGUGCAAGUGGUGGGGCUGCCGGAAGCAGCAGCGGGAACACUGGCGGAGGGCCAUGCGGGGCAUGCAAAUUCUUGAGAAGGAAGUGUGUGGCUGGCUGCAUAUUUGCACCUUAUUUUGAUUCAGAGCAAGGUGCAGCUCACUUUGCAGCUGUGCACAAGGUGUUUGGAGCUAGUAACGUUUCUAAAUUGCUUCUACACAUUCCGGUUCACAAGCGGCUCGAUGCGGUCGUCACCAUCUGUUAUGAAGCUCAAGCUCGGCUCAGGGACCCUGUCUUUGGCUGUGUUGCUCACAUCUUUGCUCUUCAGCAACAGGUGGUGAACUUACAAGCAGAGCUGUCUUACUUGCAAGGCCACCUAGCAACCCUAGAGCUUCCUCCACCACCACCACCAUCGGCACAGCCUCAACCAAUCAUUGCACCGCCUUCGCUCACCAUAGCAGACCUGCCGACGGGUUCAUCAGCAGCACCAGCAACGUAUGACUUGUCGUCACUUUUUGACCCAGUGGUGCAACCGCCGUGGACAAUGCAGCAGCCACGCCAGAUGGAUUCUCAUCAGUUUGGUGCUGCAAGAGCUCCGGCCGAGGCAUCAUCAUCAGCCGGCACCGGUGAUCUUCAAGAAUUGGCCCGGGAACUGCUGCAUAGACAUCGGACGUCCUCCACAGUGCCAUGCAAUGAAGUACUACCUUUGCCACCCCACUCAAAAUGAGACUCUGACCUUAUUGACUAGUAGCAUUAGGUUUUUGCAUUAUGGUCCCCCGGUUAAAUUCGUCCUAAAGGCAAUUUAACUAUGAUUUUUUCUUUUAAU